UCGUCCUUUAUCUGUCAGCUUGUAAAUAAGAUUUCAUUACAUAUGAAAAUACUUUUCUUUGCAAUUGACGAAUACAACUGAUUACCUAAAUGUAAAUUUUGAUAAUGAUGUUUGCUAUUUCUUAUGCACCUUGAGUUGUCAGGGAGCUUGAUGGCAUAUAGAAGUGGGGCAACCAAAGAAAGAAAUAUUGAUAGCUAUACCGUAGGAAAUGUUCAUAAGGUUUUAAUCUCAUCAGUUUUUAUUAUUGAGUAACACUAUGACUAAUUAGCUCCUAAAGAUCGAGCAUGUGAUGAUUCAGUGGCAAAGCAUGUGUAGCUUUGGCGGUAAGGUAUUACCUCGGCCUAGUGACGGGAAACUCAGAUGGAGAACAUGAAAUUCUUUUUUGCUGAACUUGGUCUUAUGAAUUACAAAACCACAAUAUCAUACUGCCCAUCAAUGCUAGCAGCAGCAUCCAUUUAUGCUGCUCGAAGCACUCUCAGCAAAACUCCACUAUGGACUCAAACUCUGCAGCACCAUAUUGGCUACUCAGAAGAUCAGUUGACGGAAUGUGCAAAGCAAUUGGUUAGCUAUCACUUGGGUGCUGCAGAAAGUAAGCUGAAAGCAAUAUACAGGAAGUUUUCGAGUCCAGAUAGAGGUGCUGUUGCAUUCUUCCCUCCAGCAAGAAAUCUCCUACCUCCUACUACUACUGAUGCUGCUUCCUCUUCUUGAUGAAUUUUAUUUUUUAGUUUGGAAAGGUUUUGGAUCAUGUUCUGUUGUGAUCUCGCUAGCUUUAAGACUAAGUGGUGUGUGAUUUGACUUUUGAGUGUGAGAAACUCUUGGAGAAACCAUGGUUGAUGAUUUUACCAACAUCA